CUGUUUCUUAAGCUCACAGUUUCAUGCUUCUCUCUUCAAGAAAAUGGAACUGAGCAUUUUGAUGGGAAAAGGAUACUGACAACUGGAACUGAGUCUAUAAUCUCAUAGUGAAUCUUUUCAACCAAGAAUACCAAGUUUACCACUCACUCCAGUAAAUUGUUCAUCACUAAAAGAGGAACUGAAAUUAUUGAGAAAUUAUAUAAUCUUCAAAUCAGAGGAGACGUUGGCUUUUUAGCAAAAGGAAAUGGAGCUCCAUUAAAAUUAACCCUACUUCUGUAUAAUUUAGCAAUGAAAUGGAAUAGGAAAUAGACUCUAUAAUCUAUUCAAUUAUUUACAAAGACUAUGAACUUUCAGUGGUAUAAAGAUAAAGAUUAUUGAAUUUUCUAUAAACAAGAGAAUAGGUCAUUAUUUUAGGCCUCUAAACGUAGGAUGUUCCUUAUCAAUGAGCCAAUAAUACAUUUUUGUCUGGUUCAUAGAGAAAGCUCCUCUGAUCUAUUAUAUCAAAGAAAUGCAAAUAUUUCAGGUUAAAGAAAAUUUCAAAGGAAAUUUUCGACUCACCAAUAGUAAAAAGCAGAAUGAGCUUGAUAAAGAUAUCGCUGAGUAUGAAAAGGUAUGAAAGCUUAAGAAGUUCUUCAGAUUUAACAACAAAUGAUGCUCUCACAAAAAUACAUACUUGAACCAGGAAUCAAGACAGAGCAGGACUAGAAAAUCAUAUAAAAUCUUCAAAGUAAAGCUAUUAUGAUUCUCUUGACCCAUGAAGUGAUAAGCUUCACCUCUCCUA